GUCGGCCAGCCAGCCAGCCAGUGUGCUGUCCGUACGCGAUCACUUCGCACGUGUUCCGUCUUCCGUCACGAUCUGUGCAUUUCCACGCGCCCGCCUUCCCGCGUGUUUAUACCGAUAUAUAUGUAUAUGAAUAUUUUUACCAUCAAUCCGGUUAAUCCUUUUUCGGUUAUUUGCGUGUAUUCGAAUUCCCUCUAGUACUCUCGCGCGAGAAAAUUGUUUCGUCUCUGACGACACGAUGCGUGAUAUCUUCGAUGACCGUACGACCAACAACUACGUGAUUAUUUUUAAAUAAUAAUCGUUAUUGGACAAACAGUCGCAGUCGUAGGAACAGCCCGUCCGCCGUAAGGUUGUAGUGCAGCACUAGUCGUGUAGUAAUACCAGUAAAACACACAGCAGUGCGCGGGUGACGAUCAGACGUCGCCGUAGUCGUCCCUGCGAACCGCCGCCGCGAUGGUCGUCUGCAAGUGCACCGCCGCCGCCGUGUUGUGCGUUCUAGUGACGAUUUUGGCGACCGUGGCACUGGCAGCCAGAAAACACUCACCUCUACUCGAAGACAACGCAUUGCCCAAGAAACCGUCUAGGGUGACAGAAUGUCAGUUCGGCAAACAGCUCAAAGAAAUCGGAUCUACUUGGUACGCGGACUUGGGACCGCCUUUCGGUGUUAUGUACUGCAUAAAAUGCGAAUGCGUCCAGGUUCAAAAAAAGAGAAGAAUUAUUGGACGAGUGCAAUGUCGAAACAUAAAAAACGAUUGCCCAAAACCCAAUUGUGAAGAACCUAUAUUAUUACCAGGAAAAUGUUGCAAAUCAUGUCCAGGAGAUGAAGCCAAUGAUUUUGUGCAAGAUCCACCAGAUGACGAAGAAAAAAGCAUGAAACACUUUGCCGCGAUAUUGACCGGCCAAUCAUCGAGAUCUGGUGACCCGAAAAAAAUGGACUUCCUGCCAACGUCAGCGCAAGAAACGGGAUUGGAUUACGUCGCCACUGGACGGUUCACGUUCUACCGAAAACACUUGUACUUUUCGUUUUACACCAACAAACCUGACCGGCCUAAAACUGUGCAGUUUGUCGACACCAACGGCAACAUCAUCGAGGAAAUUACGCUGUUGCCGAGCACCAUCUAUCAGAACCUGACUGGGAAAAUCUGCGGCGUUUGGCGUCGCGUGUCCAAAGACUACAAGCGGUUGUUGCGCGAAGAAAGGAUGUCCGUGUCGCUGGUCUGGGAUACGGCAAUCAUCGGCGGUCAUCUUUACAGGUUUCGAGCGUUGGACACAGAAACAUUCAGCUCACUGCUCACCGGCACGAAACGGGACUCUGGUGGUACGAGCAUCGUUUCCAUAUCGACCGUAUCGCCGUCCAUACACAUGCAAAUCAUGUUCAACGGCCCGUUUGGUGGUCAAGACACUGGAUCAUUUUUGGUCAAACUGAAGUAUGCCGAGAACGAGCGUAUCGUUGUGGAAGAAACCAUUAGAGUGGAAAAGAUGACAAAUAGUUCGAUCGUCAUCGAGUUACAAUCACCCGUUACGUUUUCCGACCUCAACGCUUUGUCCAAACAAGAUCUCAUUAUUACCCUGGAAUCCAAACAGUCGAGUUUCAAAUUGCAAGGGACUGUCGAACCCCGCGUAUUCUGCGAUAUUUACCAAACACUGGUUGUGUCUAAUAGCCAUCAAGUGGACUCGAAAAAAGACAGAACCAGUGGCGUCGCAUGGGCCUUUAUUAAUAAGGACGGAGCGUUGGAGUAUCGUGUUAAAUUUGACAAUAACGCAGUCACUGAGUUGGCCAUUGUUUCUGGCGAAUCCCGAGUAUCAGCCCUCGACAUAUCUGAGUCGAUUGUACAGAACUGGAGCAACGGAACCGUGUCUACCAUGGGCCCGGUGCACCUGGAGCAGUUGUAUGCCGAAGAGCUGAGCUUGUUCAGUGCGUCGUCUGGCUUCAAGAGCAGAUUCUUAUGGAGGCCCGUGGCCGAUGCCAGAGAUACGGCGGGCGCAAUGCUGCUGUCCAGCCCCGACGAACGGUCGAUGGUCGGACUUUUAUGGAUGACUGUGGACCCCGAUUGCACGCUGCAGUAUGAAGUUGUUCUAUCGGGCUCCAACGUGAAAAAUCGUCUUUUUGAACUAUACGUCGAGGACUCGCCGCUUUCGAUUCCCGGAGCCCCGGUUUUUCGAAGACUACUUGAAGAGUUCGAAGGGCCUUCAUUUGAAGGGUAUACCAUUGGUCUCAGUCAAGAAGAAUUGUUACGUCUCAACACGAACAUCGUACACGUGGACCUGUGGGAUCCAAAACUAGGACAGUCCAUACUGAAAACCGAAUGGAAACAUGUUAAUGUUCCUGUAGUUUGUUAUUCUCACGAGGCAAGCGAAAAUGAUUCCAACAAUAUACUGAUGAACAACGAUGAAUCAGAUCAUCAGCACACGUCGCAUCUAAGCUGUUUGCACGGACAAAAGUACUAUCAACACGGUGCACAAUGGACAUCUUCAGUAGACGAAUGUUACAUGUGCAAUUGCCACUACGGUAGGGUAACAUGUGAUCUAAUAAUUUGCCCAAUAGUUCAAUGCCCAGCGCCAUCAGCCAAACCGGGAACAUGUUGUCCGACAUGUGAAGAAAACGGAUUUGUAAAUCAAAAUAAUUCAACUAACUCAUGUUUACUAGCUGGACAGCAAUUUCAAGCUGGCAGCAAUUGGCAUCCCUAUUUACCUCCCAAUGGUUUUGACACUUGUACUCUGUGUCAUUGUAAUAAUACAUCAUUAAAAAUCAAGUGUCAGCGGAUGGACUGUCCACCGUUGGAAUGUGAUCAAAGAGUAGCCAUUAGGCCAACAAAACGUUCCUGUUGUAAAGUUUGUCCGUCUACAUUGCAGACAACUACCAAAUCAACAGGGCCACUUGUUCAACUUGCCCAGGGUGACCAACAAGUAAAUGGAGAAAGUGGUUCAGAUUUAGAAAUAUUGACAAAUGGUGGUUGCAGUUAUCCUGUUGGAGGACCUUACGAGAAUGGUCAAGAAUGGCAUCCCAAAAUAUACUCGCAUGGUGAAGUCAAAUGUAUUAACUGUAAAUGUAAAGAUGGAAAAGUAAGGUGUGACCGUAAAAAAUGUCCUAAGUGGUCUUCGUGUUCAGAUCCUUGUUGCAAGUCCGUAUGUCGAAGACAUAAACGUCAAAUAUUUAAAUUUUAAAUAUAACAAUACAUUGUUCCUGAAUAAAUGAAUAAAUUAUAUGAAAUGUAAUAAGUAAUAACGAUUAGGUUCAGAAUGAUAACAAUUGUUUAUAUUAUGCAAUAACGAUGAGACACAUCAAAUUGAACAGUCUUAGACUUAUUAAAAUUAAUAUUAUUGUUUACCGAAAUCCAUAGACUGAUAUACAUAAUAUUUAUUAUUUUUCUUUUAAUGAGUAGCUGAUAUUAUGUAAUUGUCAGUAUUAAUAUAAGAAAUGUAUAUGUAAUUGUAAACAUUUAAAAAAUAUUAACUUCCUGUA